AUGGGUGGUGGAACUACGGCUGAGGAUCGGUCAGAGAUUGCGCUCUUCAAAGUCAAGAAGAAAUUUCCGUUCCAAGGAGAGAACUCGAUUCUAGAGUUCACAUCAAUCCUGGUUUGUCCGAAGAAGCUAGUCGAGCUUCGAAACUACCCCCCUCGGUUGGUGCAAUGCAAUAUGUUUGCAAAAAUUGCUGAUGACGUUUACGAUAUUCUCGAAGGAAGGAUAUGGGCAGGUCACAACGUAUUGAAUUUUGAUUGUCCAAGGAUAAGAGAAGCAUUUGUUGAGAUAGGACGAAAUCCACCAGAGCCAAGGGGUAUCAUUGACUCGUUGGCGUUGCUUACUCAAAGAUUUGGGGUGAGAGCUGAUGAUAUGGAGCUCGCGGAAUGGGCUGCCUACGUUGGACUUUGUAACCAGACGCAUUCGAGUCUGGACGAUAUCAGGAUGAAUUUCGAGGUUCUCAAGUGUUGUGCGACUGUCUUGUUCUUGAAGUCAAAUCUUCCAGAUAAACUUAUAGAGUACUCUGAAGACUGUACGAAUAUCAACAAAUCUUCCGCUGAUUGGAAGACCAGUGAGAACUCAAACGCAGAAGCUCAAACGAAUCUAUUUGAUAUGAGCACUUUGAGGAGGGAAAUUCCCACGGACAUUGUUGCCUCUGAGGGUACUGGUGACCAGGAAAGAUUCUUGGAUCUAGAUGAAAUAUCAAUUCCAAGCAUCACAGCAACUCAUGUCGGAAGCCAAAGAAAGAAAAUACAGCUCUUCCUUGGGGACAGACCCCUUCGUCUCCAUUGUCCUGAACUGGAAGUACACUUUGGGAUCAAUUUCAAAUUUCAGGAUACUGCUGGGAGACCAAAGUUGAACUUUGUAGUUAAUUUGUAUCCAAGUCUCUGUAAUGUACUGCAAGAAUGCGACAGUGCUGCACAUGCAACAUCUAUUGAUUCAGGCAGCAUUUCUGAGUGGAACCCAGUAAUCAUCCCAAUAAGAAUUUCAAGCUAUCCUACCGCAAGGAUUCAUAUACCGGCAAAGUCUUCUGGAACUGGAGACCGGUAUGCAGCUGAGAUACACAAGAGAGAGACCUCUGGAGUUACCAUUUUGAGGAACCCAAAAGCUGAGGAGCUCAAAGACAUGGUAAAACCAGGAACCGUCCUUGAUGCCUUCUUGUCUUUGGAGCCAUAUGAUUAUAUGGAGAGAGCUGGAAUCCGUCUAGUUGCUAAAAAGCUUGUGAUCCACUAG